AUUACGGAGAGGCCAUUGGUCUUUGGGGUAAAUGGUUGAUUGAAGUGUGAUGCAGGGCGUUAUGCCGGUGAAAACAAAAUCGAGAGUUACUGAAAAUAUGGGAGUAUCUACUGGUCUUGUUGAUGACCGUGCUAAGCAGGUGCUGAGAGAGGCUGUUGAUGCUGUUGUCAACAGUUUUGCGAAGCAUACUCAAGGAUAUGGCCGAGUGAAUGUUGUAGAAGCUCUCCAAGAAUUUUGGCAAAUGAAGCAGAGCAGAGGCACAGAAUUACGAAAUGGAGCUCUUGUUAUUUACGAAUCUGUACCAGGUGCGAGUCCUCCCUACGUCUGCUACGUGACCCUCCCUGGGGGCUCGUGCUUUGGAAGCUUUCAGAAUUGUCCGACAAAGGCAGAGGCCAGGAGAUCAGCAGCCAAGAUCGCUCUGAUGAAUUCAGUGUUCAAUGAACAUCCUUCUAGGAAGAUCACGGAUGAUUUUAUCGAGAAGGCAGUGGCUGAGGCCAGAGCUAGUUUCAAUAAACCUGCAUCGAGUUCUAAUGGAGUUAACGGACAAGCACAGGGAAGUGGGGACGAAAAAGAAGACCCAAACACAGGAAUCGGUGCAUUCCGCUUCAUGCUGGAGUGCAACAGAGGCAGAACGAUGCUUGAAUUCCAGGAGUUGAUGACUGUUUUUCAGCUGCUCCACUGGAAUGGCUCGCUGAAGGCUAUGAGGGAGAGGCAGUGCAGCAGACAAGAAGUCGUUGCUCAUUACAGUCAUCGAGCACUGGACGACGAUAUGCGCAGUCAAAUGGCACUCGACUGGGUGGCUAGGGAGCACGAGGGUGGUGGAGGUGUUGUUGCCAUGGAGUUGGGACUCGCUGAGCGAGAGCUGGAGACUGCUCGACUCGCUGGCCGCGAGUUGAGAUUUCCCAAGGAGAAAAAGGACAUUCUUAUGCUUGCUCAUGCCCAAGUCUGUCCGCAGUAAUUUCAUUCCUUUAUUUGACAGCGAAGUGAUAAAACUAUUCGUAAAUCCAUUAGAAAUAUUGGGGGAGCAGUUCACGCA